ACUGGAAGAUGGGGAUGAGUCUGACGGCUCUUUUUCUUCGACUCCUGGUGAUGGUGACUCGGUAGCAUCUGACCAAUAUGAUAAAGAGGAUGGAGUACUCCCUGGUGGGAAACGCUUUGGUCCUAUUGCAGCUCAGGAUCUUCAGCUUGUUCUGAAGGCUGGAUACCUGGAAAAACGGAGAAAAGACAAACAACAGAAAGGUGAAUUUGCCUUAGAGGGCUACACCGUCAGAAUGAAUAAUAGCCUCCGGAAGGAUUCGAAGAAAGAUUGCUGUUUUGAAAUCUUCGCUGCUGAUAAACGCAUUUAUCAGUUUACAGCUGCCACUCCCAAAGAAGCAGAGGAAUGGGUUCAGCAAAUCAAAUUUGUAAUUCAAGAUAUGGAAUCUAAUACAAUUCCUGAGGAGGAGGUGGAGGAAGAAGAAUAUGAUGACGUUGGACAAGUGAGCAGUGACUCAGUAGAUGAUAGCAUUUAUGAAGAAGUUAAAGAUAACAAAAAUACCGAUUAUGCCAAUUUCUAUCAAGGUUUGUGGGACUGCAGAGGAGACUUCCCUGAUGAGUUGACAUUUCAACGUGGUGAUGUUAUCUACAUUCUCAGCAAGGAGUACGAUGAAUUUGGCUGGUGGGUAGGAGAAAUGAAGGGAACCAUUGGCUUAGUGCCUAAAGCCUACAUAAUGGAGAUGUAUGAUAUUUGAGAGGCCUGGGAGAAAUCUGCACUUGAAAUCAAGAGUGGCGUGCAGCUGCAGUUUUACAGACCUGGCCUCUGGAAGAAGAUCCAGCUGCACACGUUUUGUGGUUUCAGUGAAUGCAGUCAGAGUAUUGCCUUGUGUAUAUUAAACAUGAAAAAUUAUAGCUGGCCAUAAUUCUAUGGAAAUGUUCUUAGCCACUUUGAUAGAACUAUAAUGCUAGGGCGCGAAAUAGGUGACAAUUAGCAUAUGGAGCACAAGCAGGCAAAUAGUCAAAUUCCCUGAAAGAAGGCAAACCUAUAGCUGUACAGAGCACAUUAGCAGCUUUCUUUCUAGCUGUAGGUUUGUGUUGUUUCAGGGAAUUUGAACACUUUUUCUCGUUGCUCAGGUUUAGAACUUUAAACUGAACUUUGAAGUAGAAAAUGAUUACUCAGUCCAUGCAUACAUUAAUGCCUUAACCUUUUAAUGCUCACUGCAUAUUUUGUGCAGUUUCCUAGGAAAAUCAAGGGAAAUGUAUGUGUAAUAUUGAGAGUCUUCAGGGUAUUACCAAAUAUUUUUGUAUUGUGGUUUAGGCAAUGAUUUUGAUGUUUUUCAUAUAUUUAGUAUUGUAUUCCUAAGUACUAUUUUGUUACCACAAGCCUGCUCCAGGUGAACCUGGCUCUAGCAGGGGGACUGGACUAUAUGAUCUCCAGAGGUCUUUUCCUACCUCUGCCAUUCUGU